AUGCACCUGCUGCUGCUCAUCCCCCUCCUCUUCUGGCUGUCAGGCAGCUCUGCCGCUGAGGAGCCAGUCAGCAGUCUAACAACAGUGAGCAGCCCAGAGCAGGGCUUGCUGUCGGUAAAAUGUCAUUAUGCCCCUGGAUGGGAGCGAUACAAGAAAUACUGGUGUCAAGGAGCUAUCUGGAGCUCCUGCGAGAUCCUUGUUAUAACCGACGGAUCGGAGAGGGAGGCAAAGAAGGGCCGCGUGGCCAUCAGAGACGAUCAGAGAAGCCGCGUGUUCACUGUGACCAUGCAACAGCUCAGCCAAGGCGACACUGACAUUUACUGGUGUGCGAUUGAGAGAGUAUUGGCCGACCCCAAGUUCCGAGUUGCAGUGACUGUUGGCCCAGCACCCGGAGCCUUCACCGCCACCAUGGCCACGUUCACCGCGCCUGCCACACGGGAGAAGACCGAAGGCUCCCCGACUGUGUCCAGCCACCACUCGGGCACCAGAGCACCCAGCGACUCACAGAACGCUUUCCUGGCCUUCAUCUUGCAUCCUCUGACCUUGCCUACCACCCUGCCCAAGAUGAAGCUCAGUACCCUCCUUCCCCUCCUCUUUGCUGUGUUGCUGCUCCUCUUGAUGGUCGCCUCCCUCUUGGCUUGGCGGAUGAUGAAGCGACAGAAUAAAGCUGCGGGAACACGCCCAGAGCAGGCACUGCAGUCCCUAGAGAGUGACCUCUGCUACGUGAACCUGACCCUGCCGCAGACGGGAAGCUCCCCUGGCUCCUCCCAGAGCAAGGCCCCCCGGAGGUCCGCCUCUGCCCAGGCUGGCCAGGAGGAAGUGGAGUACGUCACCAUGGCUCCCGUUCCAAGGGGGGAAAUCUCCUACGCUUCUCUGUCUCUGGGCAUCUUGGACCAGGAGCCAACCUACAGCAAUGCCAGCCACUUCAUCAGGCACGGUGCCGGCAGGGGCCAUGAGGAGUCCACGGAGUACAGCAUCAUCCGGAAGCCGUAG